AUGCCGAGCGACAUCUCCGGUGCACCUGUCUCAAGGUUCUUUCCCUCACACCUCACUGCACCGCACGAUACGCAACAUGUGUUCGUACCUGCACCAACAUCGGCAAGGCGACAACUCCUAGACACAGAGACAGCAGAAUAG